CAUCCUUCCUUCCAGGGCUAAAAAGGCAUCCAUCCUUCCUCCCAGGGCUAAAAAGGCAUCCAUCCUUCCUCCCAGGGCUAAAAAGGCAUCCAUCCUUCCUUGUAAAAAUGUGUUGAAUGGGUGUUUUGUGUGUAGAGGAGGAGCAAACAAAUAAUUAUAAAGUAUGUAAUGGCAGUGUUUUAAUUGAUGUACGCAAAAUGUAUCAAGGAUCAAUUACAAUGGGAACCAUUAGCAGACGCAUGUUUUCACUACGAUCUCUUUAGGCUGGUAACACCCACCGAUGGUCUCCAUGGAAACGUCGUCCACCACGGUGAAGGGGGAAAAGUAUCAGCAGUAACGCUAACGUUAGUUCUCUGACCUUGACAAGACAUACUAUACAAUCUGACAAAAUUGGUUAUUAUGAACCAAUUUCAGAAUUUGAUAAAUGACUGUCUUAUCGAUACAAAACACGUCGAAAGCGCUGUCAUUCUGGUUGCCAAGACUGCAGCAGUAACUGCCGCGUCUGCAAGGUUUCAGGUUCUUCCCACACAAGCCCAGAUUUUCAUAGACUCUUUCAAGCACAUGACAUCGACCAGAGAGCGGGGCUUCUACUUCCAAGACAAAGCAUACACCUGCGUCCGAGCUGACAGGAACUCCAUCUACUGCAAAUGUGGAACACAUGGCUUGAUUCUUGUGAAGACUGCUCUGUACAUUAUAGUGGCCACAUACAACGACAGCAUGUAUCCUAGCGUGUGUGUGGAGGCUGUCGAGAAACUAGGUAGGGGGAUGUUGGUGCUUCUAACAGCAUACAAGCUUCAACAGCUUUCAACUGCAGGUUUUAAAUCUGUGUACCUCAAGGAUAAGGGGAAAUGAAGCAAGAACUGAGGAGGAGCAGCAUUCUGAUGGAUGAAACUGAUGAAGUGGACUGGUCAAAAACAGUUGCCUACAGGUCCAUGUUAGGCCACCUGCUAAGGAGGACAAACAUGUUUAGGAGAAAGUCAGUGUUCGUUUGUUUUCUUUCUAUGAACUUGCCCCUGUCCCCUCUCACAGUAUACAGGUUUAACCACUAGGUGGUAGUAAAUAGUAAUUAACCCAGCUAUGUGGUCCAAGAACAGAUUUGAGUGCAGAGAACCUCUUAGAACAGGGAUUAUGACCAACCAAUGUCAAUGAGAUGCUGUAGUUCCAGCCCUGCUCUAUCACAUCUGAUUCUACUCCUCAGCAGACAGACAGGGGCUUCGUGGCUAAAGGCCUUUUAAAACUGUCUGUGUUCAUCGCAGACGUUCUGUUCAAAUGCUUCAAUUACUCUCCACCCCCUCUGGUGAUAACAUGACUAACCUAGCUACACACUCGCACGUACACAUAUGCGCAUGAACACACACACACACCCUGACGUAGCCUUGAUGAGUGUUUCAGACCUGAAGCUGUGUAAAUUAAUUUCCUCAUGUGAACAAAUAAAGGAAAUCUAACUGAGUCAAAACAUCAAAGAUCCACCACCAUAUUUUUUUAGUAGGGAUGAGGUGUACUCUGCAUAUUUUACAGUAGGGAUGAGGUGUACUCUGCAUAUUUUACAGUAGGGAUGAGGUGUACUCUGCAUAUCGUUGUUUCGGAAGGACAAACCCACCACUGGUGUGCUUGGCCUAAUACCUACAUUUUCAUGUCAUCUGACCAUACCACUGCCUGGAGUUUGCUAAAUGGCUUUGACACUUGUAUUGGAAUUGUUGCUAUGGUUAUAUGACAUGAAAAUAGACCUCUGGCCACACUGCAGCAGUGGCUUUGGCCUUCGAAAGAACAGCACAUAUGCAGAAAAUACCUCAUCCCUACUGUAACAUAUGGUGGUGGAUCGUUGAUGUUAUGAUGCUAUUUUACUUCCGCUGGUCCUGGGGCCCUUGUUAAGGUCAACGGCAUCAUGAACUCUACCAAGUACCAGGACAUUUUUUGCCCAA